AUGACCAGCAAGCUCCCUCAUAACUUCAUUCAAGGAGGGCCAGCGGAGCCUCUCUCGAAGGACCUGUUAGAGGGUAAAAAGCGUGUCUUGCUCAACGCUUUCGAUAUGAAUGGCGUCGGACACAUUAGUAUUGGACAAUGGCAGAAUCCCGAGGAUAAAAGCUCUCAAAAGAACCGUCUCCCAUACUGGAUUGAGUUAGCCAAGCUGUUGGAAAGGGGAAAGUUCAACGCUCUCUUUCUCGCCGACAACUACGGCUCGCACGACAUUUACAAGGGAAGCCAUGCCCCAGCUAUCAGGGCGGCAUCACAAUGGCCGCUAUACGAUCCAUUCAGUGUCAUCUCUGCCAUGGCUGCAGUGACAAAUACCUUGGCCUUUGGAGUAACCGCUUCUACUACAUUCGAGCCCCCUUUCAGCUUGGCGAAAAGAUUUUCGACACUGGACCACUUGACCAAUGGAAGGAUUGCUUGGAACAUUGUCACCUCAUGGAGUGACACUGCGGCUCGAGCACAUGGUCUAGAUCAAUUACCUGAGCACGACACUCGGUAUGAGAUGGCUGAGGAAUAUCUCAGUUUGGUCUACAAGUACUUCAGACUCUGGGAGGGCUCUUGGGCGGACGGCGCUGUGGUCAAGGAUCCAUCCACGCACACCUACACUGACCCAACCAAAGUACGCAAGAUCGAGCAUCAAGGCAAAUUCUACAAGUCUUCAAGUGCGCACCAGGUAGACCCUAGCCCUCAGCGCACACCUGUGCUUUUCCAGGCCGGUAUGUCACCUGCUGGCUCUUCCUUCGCCGCGAAGCACGCCGAAUGUAUCUUUUGUGGUGGCGCAAGUCCGGCCUUGGUUGCCAAGAAUAUCGAACAAACCCGUGAAAAGGCUCGAGAAAACAACCGAGACCCAUACGAUCUGAAGUUCUUUGUGCAGUUUACCCCUAUUCUGGGUGCCACCGACCAAGAGGCGCAGGAGAAGUACGAACGGUACCGCCAGUAUGCUCUAGGCGAAGGUGGCCUCGCUCUACUUGGUAGCACCUCGGGCAUCGAUGUCUCCAAGUUCCCCUGGGAUGAAGAGUUCCCUACCGACCCCGAGCAUCCACUCAUGAAAGAGUUGACAGCGAAGCAACGCAAUAGACUGCUGGCGCGUCCAGCUGGCUUUGACCGCUGGACCCCUCGCAUCCUGGCAGAAUAUCAAUCCCUGGGCGGCAGUGGCCCCUACAAGAUCGGGAGUGGUGCCACCGUUGCGGAUGAGAUGGAGCGAUGGAUCACCGAGGCCGAUGUUGAUGGCUUCAACAUCGGUCAUAUCGUCGUACCUGGUGCAUGGGAGGAUGUCAUCGAGUAUCUGGUUCCGGAGUUAGAAAAGCGUGGGUGGCUUAGUAAGGACUACCCCGUCCCUCAAGGUACAGCAAGGGAGAACUUGUAUGGGAGUCCAGGAGACUCGCAUGUGCGUAAGACGCACCCCGGGUAUCAGUAUAAGUUCAAAGGAGAUGUCUAG